AGCCCGCAGACUACCAGGCCUCCGGAGGACAGGACCCCACCCCCGGCCACAGGCCCUGCCCCCAGCACUCCCCGCACCCCGCCUCCAAGACUCCUCCGCCCACUCCGCACCCAACUUAUAAAAACCGUCCUCGGGCGCGGCGGGGAGAAGCCGAGCUGAGCGGAUCCUCACACGACUGUAAUCCGAUUCUUUCCAGCGGCUUCUGCAACCAAGCGGGUCUUACCCCCGGUCCUCCGCAUCUCCAGUCCUCGCACCUGGAACCCCAAAGUCUCCGAGAGUCCCCGAAUCCCCGCUCCCAGGCUACCUAAGAGGAUGAGCGGUGCUCCGACGGCCGGGGCAGCCCUGAUGCUCUGCGCCGCCACCGCCGUGCUACUGAGCGCUCAGGGCGGCCCCGUGCAGUCCAAGUCGCCGCGCUUUGCGUCCUGGGACGAGAUGAAUGUCCUGGCGCACGGACUCCUGCAGCUCGGCCAGGGGCUGCGCGAACACGCGGAGCGCACCCGCAGUCAGCUGAGCGCGCUGGAGCGGCGCCUGAGCGCGUGCGGGUCCGCCUGUCAGGGAACCGAGGGGUCCACCGACCUCCCGUUAGCCCCUGAGAGCCGGGUGGACCCUGAGGUCCUUCACAGCCUGCAGACACAACUCAAGGCUCAGAACAGCAGGAUCCAGCAACUCUUCCACAAGGUGGCCCAGCAGCAGCGGCACCUGGAGAAGCAGCACCUGCGAAUUCAGCAUCUGCAAAGCCAGUUUGGCCUCCUGGACCACAAGCACCUAGACCAUGAGGUGGCCAAGCCUGCCCGAAGAAAGAGGCUGCCCGAGAUGGCCCAGCCAGUUGACCCGGCUCACAAUGUCAGCCGCCUGCACCGGCUGCCCAGGGAUUGCCAGGAGCUGUUCCAGGUUGGGGAGAGGCAGAGUGGACUAUUUGAAAUCCAGCCUCAGGGGUCUCCGCCAUUUUUGGUGAACUGCAAGAUGACCUCAGAUGGAGGCUGGACAGUAAUUCAGAGGCGCCACGAUGGCUCAGUGGACUUCAAUCGGCCCUGGGAAGCCUACAAGGCGGGGUUCGGGGAUCCCCACGGCGAGUUCUGGCUGGGUCUGGAGAAGGUGCAUAGCAUCACGGGGGACCGCAACAGCCGCCUGGCCGUGCAGCUGCGGGACUGGGAUGGCAACGCCGAGUCGCUGCAGUUCUCCGUGCACCUGGGUGGCGAGGACACGGCCUACAGCCUGCAGCUCACUGCACCCGUGGCCGGCCAGCUGGGCGCCACCACCAUCCCACCCAGCGGCCUCUCCGUACCCUUCUCCACUUGGGACCAGGAUCACGACCUCCGCAGAGACAAGAACUGCGCCAAGAGCCUCUCUGGAGGCUGGUGGUUUGGCACCUGCAGCCAUUCCAACCUCAACGGCCAGUACUUCCGCUCCAUCCCACAGCAGCGGCAGAAGCUUAAGAAGGGAAUCUUCUGGAAGACCUGGCGGGGCCGCUACUACCCGCUGCAGGCCACCACCAUGUUGAUCCAGCCCAUGGCAGCAGAGGCAGCCUCCUAGCGUCCUCGCUGGGCCUGGUCCCAGGCCCACGAAAGACGGUGACUCUUGGCUCUGCCCGAGGAUGUGGCCAUUCCCUGCCUGGGCAGGGGCUCCAAGGAGGGGCCAUCUGGAAACUUGUGGAUGGCGAAGACGACCACGACUGGAGAAGCCCCCUUUCUGAGUACAGGGGGGCUGCAUGCGUUGCCUCCUGAGAUCGAGGCUGCAGGAUAUGCUCAGACUCUGGAGGCGUGGACCGAGGGGCAUGGAGCUUCACUCCUUGCUGGCCAGGGAGUUGGGGACUCAGAGGGACCACUUGGGGCUGGCCAGACUGGCCUCAAUGGCGGACUCAGUCACAUUGACUGACAGGGGGACCAGGGCUCGUGUGGGUCGAGAGCGCCCUCAUGGUGCUGGUGCUGUUGUGUGUAGGUUCCCCUGGGGACACAAGCAGGCGCCAAUGGUAUCUGGGCGGAGCUCACAGAGUUCUUGGAAUAAAAGCAACCUCAGAACA